CGCCCAGCCCGGGCCCUGAGCCCUACCUCCUGCCCCACUUCUCACUGCAGGCCAUUAGCAGUCUGGGCAGCUGCUAUGCCCACCAGGCUGCAUGGGGGCCACGGCGGGCAAGCAGUCCUACCAGGCUACAGUGCUGUUGCCAAGUAAUACCUCCCACUUGUUCUUGUGGCCCUGACCAGGUCAUAUGCAUGCACAUCUGGAAAUGCAUGUGUGGGAGGCUUUGGACCCCCUGCCCCAGCUCUGAUGUUUUCAAGUCUAAGCCUGCCCUGUGCCACCACUGUGCCUUCAAAGAGCCUUGUGUGUCCCUGAGCCUGCAGUGAAAGCAGCCAGCAUCUCUAUAGCGGAGUCUCAGAGAGGUCCAACUAUUUUCUCCUUAGUUCUACAGACAAACGUCUGUUCAGUUCACUUCCUCAAGGGAAAAGGGAACUCAGGACUGAACUAAACUGCUCCAGGUUCCAGGAUGUGAGCUGCCUGUACCCAACCUGAAGGCCCUCCCUGCCCAGAGGCUGGAUCCUCUUCGGGGCAGAUACAGAACACCCCUCCACCCACCCACCCCCAGCACAAUGCAGAGGAUGUGAGCACACUUGAUCAGGAGGGCAGACUGUCCAAGUGCCGCCUCUCCUCCCGAAACCAGCUGUAAACACAGAUAGGGAGGGGCCUCCGUGCCUGCCAAGGGAGGCAGCAACUUUGUGAGUAAUUGACUCAAGGAAAACAAGUGCGGCAGGAGUGGUGUGCGGUGCUCACGAGCAUCGCUGGCUGGGCUUUCUGAGACACGGGCCCUGGCCCGGCAUGCUGCCUGCUGCUGGCCUCUGGAGCCCACAGCACAGAGGAAGGAGCCUUGAAAUAAAGAGCUGCCGAGCUGGGGUGAGCUGCCAUGUGGAGCUGUGGCUCACUCAACAGCACAGCGUGGGGUGAGGAGCCGCUGUGCCGGAACCUGCGCUUGGGGCUGUGGGUCCUCUCACUGCUCUACCUGGGGGCAGGGGUUCCUGUGGGCUUAGGCUACAAUGCUCUUCUGGUGCUGGCCAACUUGGCCAGCAAGAAUACCAUGACCAUGCCCGAUGUGUACUUUGUGAAUAUGGCUGUGGCGGGGCUGGUGCUCACGGCACUGGCACCUGCGUACCUGCUGGGUCCUGCCCACUCCAGGUGGGCCCUGUGGAGCCUGAGCAGUGAGGCCCAUGUGACACUGCUCAUCCUGUUCAAUGUGGCUUCCCUGGUGACCAUGUACUCCACUGCACUGCUGAGCCUUGACUACUACAUCGAGCGCGCCCUGCCACGCACCUAUAUGGCCAGUGUCUACAACACCCGGCACGUGUGUGGCUUCGUCUGGGGAGGGGCGGUGCUCACCAGCUUCUCUUCCCUGCUCUUCUACAUCUGCAGUCAUGUGUCUUCUAGAAUCGCCGAGUGUGCCCGGAUGCAGAACACGGAGGCUGCCGACGCCAUCCUUGUGCUCAUCGGCUACGUGGUGCCAGGUCUGGCUGUGUUGUAUGCCCUGGCACUCAUCUCGAGGAUUAGGAAAGAAGACACACCCCUGGACCAGGACACCAGCAGGCUGGACCCCUCGGUGCACAGGCUGCUGGUGGCCACCGUGUGCACACAGUUUGGCCUCUGGACACCUUACUACCUAAGCCUGGGGCACACGGUGCUGGCAUCACGGGGGAGGACCGUGGAGGGGCAUUAUCUGGGCAUCCUACAGGUUGCUAAGGACCUGGCCAAGUUCUUGGCCUUCUCAAGCAGUUCUGUGACGCCGCUGCUCUACCGUUACAUCAACAAAGCCUUCCCUAGCAAGCUCCGUCGGCUGGUGAAGAAGGUGCACUGUGGGCACCGCCACUGCUCCCCUGACCCUGCGGGGAUACAGCAGGUGAUGGCACAGGCGUAGCUAACCCUCCCUGGGCUGACGUCCUAGGAGAGGGCCUGACUAUGAGGAACACUAAAACUCAACUGGACGCAUAGCACUUUGGUCCCCAAGCACAUGGUGCUUCCAGCUGAAGCCAGAGAUGCACAGCGGGGCAUUUCUAUUGACAUUUUCUGUGUUUUCCCCUAAAAGGCCAAUCUGGUCUUACACUGCAUUGUGGAAAGCAGAGGUGCCUUGUGUGAACAGGCUGCUUCUAACUAACCUUGCCACCUUCCCCCUCAAGGUGUGUGCCUUUCUCCCAGGGACAUCUUCAAGGUCCAUGUCCUCAAAAGUAGGCUGACCUUCGGCCUCCCUAAAUGAAGCGAUGAAAUCUAAAGCCAGUAUUUAUACUUCAUAUUGACAUAAUACUUGAUUCUUCUAUUAUUAUUAUUUUUUUAAACAGAAAGAAGUGUUAGAAAGAUACCUAGUAUUAUGAGGAAGGCACUUCAGGGGAAUGUGGCUGUCGCUGAUACCAAUGUUACAGCUUGGGAACAGGACAGUGUGCCUGUCAAGCCUGCGGCAGCUACACAUCCAUUGCUGACAAUGAUAGCUAUGGAGCACUGACCCUCCCCUCUACGGAAAGCAGAUCUUAGUAUAGGCCUAUCUUUCCAGUGCUUCAACAUAAGCAUAUACAUAAAUGGAAGAAAAAAAGUGUGUUCUCUUAGUGCCAAAGGUCUUCCAGAGAUCUGGAUAUGGUAAAGGGCUAACCAGGUAUGGAAGGGAAAGGCAGGAUGGUAUGAGGCCAGGCGCUCCAAGAUGACCAGGGACUGGCAUCGGGGAAAGGGCUCUGCUUGGCCAGUUUCACCCAGCUGUGGGGUGGUACAUGAUAAGGCUCACCUCCCACAGGUGUCUGAGUCCAGGGCUCACCCACGUGCCUCUGGGGCCUUUUACUAUCUUUGUGUUUGGUAAUUAUCUACUCUAACGUGGGCAUGAAAAGAAUUCCCACCACCCACAUUCUCUAGGUUACAUGGCAGGCCCAUGAGUCCCUGUCCCCACCCCCACCCUAGUUCUAAAGAUCUCCAUGUGACCAUCUAACCUGCCUGUCGCUACAGAAGGCGGGUGUGUGAUCCACAUUCAGUGGCCUUCCUGCAUGGCCCCAUGGCUGGUCCUGGAUGUCUGGGGACUGCUGCUCUGAGUCAGUAACUUCAGUUUUAUCUAUUCUAUGCAAACCACAUCUCCUUGGAUGGUGACUGCUCCAGUUAAUCUGCCUUAAGGAGAAUUAGGGAGAAACAUGAGGCCCUUGGCCCUCGCUGUGACCUACUGGGCAUGCUCUGUGGGUCUCAGUUCAUGAAUAAACCAAAGGGCUGGGUUAGACAGGUGUCUUCAGAGUUGCUUAUGGCUGCAGAAUUUUGUUCUGAGGACUUUAAAGUGGCAAGCCUGACUUUCCCGACCAUUCCCCUCAGGUGCAGAGCUGAGUGAAGGCUGCCAGGCUUCCCCAUCCUGAUGGUCACACCUUAAUGCUUGCUGAAGAAACAAGAACCCUCACCAUGAAGGUUCUCUAGGCCUGGCCUGCGGGCCAACUGUAAUUCUCCUACGGGUGAGAACAAGUCCAGGGACCAAGGUCACAUCAAGCAAAAAGCAACCUAAACCCUGUGGGUCAUACAGGAAACAGGCUUUGGGUGGGUAGGGCUGUUUGUGAUGUCAGGGUUCCAGUUUAAUAGUCUUUGCCCCAAGGACCAUUUUAUACCCUUUGCUCCAGGCAGAGGUCCAGAGGAGGGGCAGACUCCAGGUCCAGAGGGGUUCUAUGCCCUAGAAUCCUCUACCCCAGUCACCUCCAAGCAUGGUGGGGAGAGGCCCAACUCAUGUUCCUUUGUUGCACUUUCUCAGUGGCCUUAGGUACAAACUGGCCAGGUUCUAGGGGACCCUUGAGGGACUGGAAGCCAGGACCAGUACCAUGUGACUGGCAUCAACUGUAUAGCUACUCACUCACUGCAGGGAUAACCCAGUGGAGACCCAGAUGCCUGCCUGGGUCUUCCUGGUGGAGCCGCCCAUCUGCAGUGCUGGCCCCUUCACUGUAAGACCCCUGGAACGAUGCACCCUCCCACCCGGGGCUCCAUUCCCACCACCUACCUAAUUCUUGCCCAAGCUCAGCAGUCACUGGUGCUCAGACAUCUGCUAUCUCUGAUGCUGUGCUAAGUUCAUCAAGUGCCCCCACUGUCUGCUUCCCAAUUCUGCCCUGCACCUUGCACCUCCCAUUAGGAAAGAACCUAAACCACACAAAGAGGUUACUGCAAUGGUGUGUGUGUGUGUGUGCAUGUCUGCGUGUCUAUGUAUGCGUGUGUGCAAGUGUGUGUGCGUGGGUGUGUCACUCAGUGAUGCUUUCUUGCAUGAGUUUAAGACUCCAGGCAAGACCCACAUUUCCCCAAGGCUUGUUAAUUUGGCUGUCGACACUUCUUGAUGGUUUUAAUUUAAAUGAAUGCUCUUAUUUUCAUUAACUCAUAAGAAAGCUUGCUGUGUGUCAUUAUUCAGGAUUCCAGAAAGUGACCUUUUUUCUUGGGUUUCCUUCGCAAUGCCAUAUGACACAACAUAGGAAACCAGGCCCAUUGCUCCCUGGGGCAGAUAUACCGAGGAGCCAACAGACACCUGUUUUGUUAGAGAAAGCAUUUGGCAAAGGUCAGACCAGAGAGAACUUAUGAUGUUAAUCUGUGUGUCUGGCUUUUGGGUUUAAGCCUGUGGGAAGAUGUGGGUGUUCUCACUCCUUUCCUAUGGAGUCCACCCCAGUGGCUGGAUCUAUUUGCCGAAAUUCUGUGAAUGUGAAAAAGAAACUACUGAUGAUAUCCACACUUCUGAAGACUAUUAAAUUAUUUAACACUCAU